AGGGAGGUAAAUCAAUCCCUUUUACUUAUGAUAAUGUGGCACGUCGGCAUGAUUUGAAAACAAUAAAACUCCUUUAGCAGAGACGUUGAUUCUAGCCUACUUUCCGUUGCACCCAACAAAGCGUAGAGUAACCGCUUCACUAAAAUCUGCUCUCUCUCUCUACUCUCUCUCUCUCUCUCUCCAUCAAUUGAUGAACAGAUACAAUUUCAACCCUACAACUUCUCUCCAAAUUCCUCAGUACACUUGACGCUAUCCUCAACCAACCCAUCACAUAAUACCCUCUCUCCUCUCUCCCCAACCCAGAAAAAUCUCGAUACAAUUCCCAGAUCUGAAUCAAUACAUAUAUAUAUAUAUAUAGAGAGAGAGAGAGAGGAGGAGGAAGAAGAAUGUGUUGCGGGACAAGGAUGUGUAUGCUGUGCACCUGCGUGAUACUGGUGGUGAUCUGCAUAGGAAUGCUGUUUGGGUUUGGGGUAUUCAAGCAUGGGUUUCACAAAUUGAAGGACACAUUGCAUGAUUGCGAUUCCAUCAAUGGUACCUCUUGUUCUGGAAGGCCCUUCUUGGGUACCCCUCCUCCUUACUAGGGUUUAUUUCUUUCUUCUUCUCUUUUUUGAUUUUUUACAAAUAUUCUGGAUCUUAUGUCUGAAAUUUUAAAAAAAUAAAAAAAUAAAAAAAGCGAUUCUAGAUCUUGGAAAUUGGGUUGUGUGGUUUGCUCUUUAUUUUCAGCACUGUUUUGAUCACCAAAAAAUUAGAUUAGACCUGAAAUAUUUUAUUUGUAAUUGUAGAUGUGAACAAAAUGUGAAAAUUUGUUGAUUUCAGUGCACUUUUUAUA